AUGCCGAAAGCACACCCGCCUGCGGAGCGCGGCGGCGCUCAGAAGGCCCGCGGGGAGAAGAGCCAGGGACCGGCCAAGCUGGAUGCCGCGCGUGUGUCUUCGAAGCCUUCGGACCGCGGCCAGCCUUCUGCGCGGUCCACCUCUUCAACUUUGCGACCGUCUCCCACACACAAAAAAGCAGCUUCUGUUUCUGCACCCUCGACUCCGAUGCACAAGAGAGAAGGUGCGCGAACGAAGGAAGUGAGCAGCGCUCAGAUAGAAACUGGAAAGGCGGCGAAACAGGGGCGUCGAGACAGCUCGCGCGCGCGUUCCGUCUCGAGAAAGGCGAAGGAGAGGAAAGGGAAGACAGACGCUGAGGGUUGGGAAGGAGAGAAGCAGGGAACGGGGCUCACCGUCUCAGCCAGCGAGGGGACCCGCAGCCUGUUCGAGUGCGCGGGCGAAGAACGCAGCGCAGAAACUGCGGCGUGUGCGCGUGGUGGCCGGGACCAGGAACUCAAACGAGGGCACUCCAGCGACGUCAACAGAACCCUGGCGGUGUACGUGCCUCAGCCGCGGGCGUCGCCUGCGGAAAACUCAGGACAGUCGGCCCUAGCGGCGGAGCUCGAGCGCGCUCGCGCGGAAGUCGCCUCGUUAAAGGCAUUGGUGACUGAAGUGUCGGCGGGCAAAAUUCCGCUCGCAGUUCCGGUCGAUCUCUUCUACCAGCUGAGUCUUGCGUACCUGUCGAGUAACGAGAAAGUCCCCAGCCAAGUCAAGCCCCGCCGUCACAAGCGCGAGGGAGCUGAGAACGGGAGGGAACGCGAGAGUGUGGGGAAACAGACGCACCGAGCUUCCAGUGGCGAGCGAACGGCCGGACGACAGCGAAGUGAGCAUGCGGGCGAGACGAAAGCGGGAGAGAAACGCGCCGCCCCCGCCGCGCACGCCGCCGUCUCCGUUCUUCCCUCCGCACCUUUGCCCGUUGAUGUAGGAGAAGUGGAGCAGAGAAUCCGAAUCGACGUCGAAGGGGAAGAGCCCAUGGUUUGGAAGGACGUGUAUCGGCUCAGGCAAGGCGCCUAUCCAGAGCACCUCUCGUCAUCGUUUUCAGGCUCCAGCCCCGGUUUCGCCCGGCCCGAGAAACGCGGCUGCGGAGGGGAAUCGGCCGGACCGUCUCCCCGAUUUUCUGAAGGUGCCGAGUCUGCGGGGUCACACGCUGGCGCGGCGGCCGGGGCGCGGACCCUGGAAUCGGGAAGAAGUCGAGAGCAAAGAGCGCUUCGAAGUCCCAGAGAGGGGGGAUUCUCCCUGUUUCUACCGGACACAGUCAAUGCCGCCAUGGGACAGCCGUACAGACGCUUCCAGUCGUGCACCAGAGAGAACCGAGGCAUCUGGCCCCAAGCGGUCAUUGCGAAAAACUUCCAGCAAGUAACGGCUACAGUGAUGGAGCAAACCUUCCAACUGGAGAACCAAGCGGCCGUCGUCGAGGGCCUGCAGGAGAGCCUGGGUCGUCUGGAGGUUUUGCUAGCCGAAGCGAAGUCCGAGUGCGUGGCCGACGCCGCGGUGAAGAGCCAAGGGGAAGAAAAGCAUGGACAGGAGAGUGGGGAGGCUCUUAAAGAAGCCAGUGAAGCCGCGGAGCCUGACGUCCUUCCCCCCGGAGUUCUUCAUUACGUCAUUAUAGAAGACCUCGGCAGCGCUGGCCCGAGCACUGCAAGGGAUCUAGCCGGUGAGACAGACGCCGACACGGAGUCAGGAGCAGAGAAGAAAAGAGCCGCCAAACGAGCUGUGUCUCCCUCGGUCAUUUCGGAACAUAGCAGCUCUGGGGAAGAAGGCAGGCGGCAAGCAGGAACGGACCGUCUAGGCGCACGCCCCAAGGCUCUCGAAAACUCAAAAGAGAGAGAAUCGGGCUGGGCCGGGCGGAGCAGCCUCAGGAAGAAGAGGGAGGUGGACGGCGACUACCAGGUGGGGGGCCGUGACGACGAAAGCGAUCCCGAGAGUAUUUAUGUAAGGAGACAGGAGACGGCAAACACAAUCGCAUGCAUGGCGAUAGAGGACGGCCUUCAAACGCCUCUCUCGUCGGCCCGUAAGCGGCAACCCCAGGCGACGCCGGAGAAAGAAGCGUCCACCGGUCGCAGCGUCGAGCCUGAAAUUUCGAGUCAAAGCGACGCGAUGAGACACCUCCAGCAGUUCUGUGAGCAGGCGACUCGUCGGUCGGCGACUGGGAGUCUUGCUUCUCCAGCUCGCGCAAGUGAGCGGACCUCGGUUCCGGACUGGCCAGUUUCCGCUUCGAAAAAGACUGCGUGUGGGAGUGAAUCGCGCCGAUCCGUUUGCUCUGUCACCUUCACGUCGGAAGGUCCCGGGCUCGAAAAACAGGCCGAGACAGCCGGGGCUGAAGCUGCGGUCGAGGCGUCGCCUGCGUCCGGCACACAGCCUUCGCCGAAGGUUGCGUCUCCAUCGACUCGAGCGAAGAACUCUGAGGGGAAAGAAGUGUCGAGCGCUCGCCGGUCUCUGCUCUCACCGCGUCCACAGCCUCGAGCAGAAGUCGAGAAAGAGAGCAAACCCAAAAAGACGAAACCUAGCCAGGAACCCCGCGCCGGGGUGACGCACGCUGCAAGUGCGAAGGCCACCAAAUCGGCGCCCCAGGAGAAGCUGCAGUCGGCUUCGCGCGCAAACGCGUCCGACGGGGGAGUCUCCGAAGAUGCCACGCAUCGCUCCUCGGGAAGUCAGCAGAGUUUGUGGGGCGCCGGGCGGCACAUGCAUGCCCCCAGAUCGUGUCGAUCCGACACCAGCAACUCGCUCGGGGCUGCUGACUCCGCCGGCGCGGCAGGCCGCCCGGAGUCCCAGCUGCCUUCUCCGGCCAUGUUCUACCAGAUGCCUGCCAUGUUCCCCGAAGGUCCGGUUCUCGUGCCGUCACUCUACUAUGCGUACGACAUCGCAGGCCGCAACGUGGUUUUCGCGCCGCACGGCGUCCUUGCGCCGGCGCCGUCAGGAGACAAUGAAUUCCAAGCUGUCCCCGGUGCGGGCUCGACCACGCCCUCGUCUCAGAAUGAAGUGGACUCGCGAGGGCGAUCUCGGGGGACUUCUUUCGCAUCCCAGCGGCCGGCGUUAUGGAUGCCGACGGCGCCGUCAGCGGGGCUGGAUAAUGGCGUCGCCGCUGGCUCUCCGACCGGAGUCUACAGGGCGCCUGUGGACUUCCCGGUGAAGUUGGCGUCGCGCUGUUCUUUGCCUGCCUCGCCUCAUUUGUGGAGAGGGCCCGAGCGAGAGUCCCCUCUUUCUGCCACCGUUCCUCUGGUGGCCACAGGGACGUGGCGCCACGCGGAAGCUCCCGGCGGUGAUCUGUUGGUGACACAGCCGGUUCCUCGAGAGCCCCGAAAUACAGUUUCCUUCUGCGACGUUGUGUGUUGCCGGCCCACAGAGGCUCGCCAGCUCGACGGUGUGCAGGGUGGUCCUGCGGUUGCUCGUUCACGCAGCCAGAUCAGCCGGAGAGACAGCGCUGCGCUCUCGUCAGCCUCCGCGAGGGCGGCUAGCUGCUUUUUCUCGAGGUGUUUGGAGUGUGGAGGAGACGCGCCCCAAAGUGCUGCGCCCUCCGAGGCUGGCGGGGUGACCCGGAGAGACACGAGUCUCUGGACUGACAGAAAGCCGUAUGGACAGCAAGAGGGAGACGGAGAGUCGUCCGGUCGGUCUCUGUUUCGCAAGCAGGAGUCCGUUGAUGCGGUGAGGCGCCUGCGCAGCAACGCCACCGGUGAUCUGCAUUCGGACACGAAGAAGGGCGAGGCGAAGAAAACGAGUGCGCGAGAAGGCCAGAGCAGGGACAAAUCGUCUGGACUCACGGUUCCCCAGCACAACGCACCGCCAGUGUACGAGACGGCGUCGCCGCGCACGACCGCAAAGCUGAACGACGCAAAGCGCGCCGCAUGCAUGAGCCGAGAGCCGGACCAGAAAGUUGCGAGUCUUCUGGAACAUUACACGAGGGCGGGAAGGCUUGUCCUCUCUUAA